GAACUAAAGCUGCUGCUGCAUCGCUCCACCCUGCUGAAAACACAAGGUUGGACGCAGGACUACCUGGACGCUGUCAUCACUAUGAUCUCCAUGCUGCUCAAGGUGGCCAUGCAGCGAGCUAAGGUGUGUGUGAAAUCUGUAAACCUGUCGGGAGAGAAUCACUUGAGACUACAUAAAGUCAUGGAUAAUCUGCCAGAGAUCUCUGACCACGAAACUGCUUAUCUGGACAACACAGGUAAAACCAGUGUUUUGUCCAAAGAGGACUGGUGGCAGCUGCUGGUGAGCUGCCUGCUGACGAUGUGUGAGGUGAAGAGAUACGAAGAGGCCGAGCUCCUCGUGGAGUCUGCCAUGGAGUUCUACUCCUUCUACGACAACAAACCCAAGAGGAAGGAGCUGGAGUUCUUGGGUCUGUCUGCCACCGUCCUCAGCCACGACUACUACAGGGCCUACAACUACAUCAGGCUGAUGCUUCUGGAGAACGUUCAUCUGCCUCAGCUUUGGAACAUUUUCAACCAGCUGACGAUGAACUCUCAGCACCAGCGUCACCAUCGCUUCUGCCUGCGCAUGCUUUUGAAACACCCUGACAACAUCAUGCUGUGUGUGCUGUGUGGACACAAUGCCAUGGUGUCGGGGAGCUUCAAGCACGCCCUCGGUCAGUACGUUCAGGCGUUGAAGGCCCACCCCACCAACCCGAUGCACAGUCUGUGUGUGGGUCUCACCUUCUUCCACAUGGCGUCUCAGAAGUACGCGGCUAAACGCCACGCUCUGCUGCUGCAGGGGUUCUCCUUUCUGUGGCGGUACUUGGAGCUGCGUGGGGAGUGUCAGGAGAGCCUGUACAACCUGGGCCGAGCUCUGCACCAGAUGGGCCUCACACAUUUAGCCAUCCAUUACUACCAGCAGGCCCUGACACGGCCUGCUCCCACGCUGGAUGGUAUCGCAGACGACCAGGUGGACCUGAGGAGAGAGAUCGCCUUCAACCUGUCCCUUAUCUACCAGGCCAGUGGGAACAUGGAGAUGGCCCGGCAGCUCAUCAGAACCCACUGCAUUGUUUGACCCGUCUGUCAACCGGUUCCCCACAGACACUGAACUUCCAGUUCUCAGGAAUAAAAUCAGCUAGAAGAAAGAUCUCAGGAAAAUGACCUCACGUUGAAUGAAUGUUCU